AUGGACAUACUGGCGCUGUCACCUCUUGGGUAUGCCUCCUACCUUGUGUACAAGGGAGGUGGAGCAUCCUUUCUUGCAGGUUUCGAUUACACUGACACUCGUUUGGCUUUGGGUCUUUACGGAGCAAACAUGAUGUUUGCCCUUACAACUAUUCCUCUUGUGAAGAAGAAGAAACCUGGGCUGCGUGAGUUAUUUGCUGUUCUGCUGUGGAAGAAUACACUUAUGGUUCACUUGACCGCUGCUGGAGCUGCAUACGCGUUUUACAAGAUCGACAAGCAAGCUGGAAUGUGGAUGAUUCCUUACGCGGUUUGGACAGGCUUCUAUGCUUUCCUGACCUAUUCGAUUGACAAGGAAAACCAGGUCAUCAAGGACAUCUAA